AUGAGGCAUAAGCUCGGGUUUGGUCAGGAAGAGCCAUUGUGUGCACAGGUUGGAGCGUUAUACCCGGAGAAGGAGACCGAGCUCUAUGAGAAGUUGGGGAAGUGGUACUCGACGGAGGAGUUCAAGCAGAAGGCGAUCGAGUAUUUGGGAGGGGCUGUCCGAGUUCCUACUGAGAGCUACGACAAGAUGGAACCCGUCGGUGUGGACCCACGAUGGGAGGCAUUUGGGCCCUUCCAUGAAUAUUUGUCGACUACUUACCCCCUGAUCCACUCUACCCUGACUCUCACUAAGGUCAACACCUGGGGCCUGGUCUACGUCUGGAAGGGAUCUAACGAGAGCCUGAAGCCUUUGCUUCUCGCUGCUCACCAAGAUGUCGUUCCCGUUGAACCGACCACCGUCGAUACUUGGGAGCACCCGCCCUACUCUGGGUUCUUCGAUGGCGAACGUAUCUGGGGCCGAGGCUCUUCGGACGACAAGUCUGGUCUUAUCGGCAUCAUGUCCACCGUUGAGACUCUCAUCACCAACGGCUUCAAGCCCACCCGUACUAUCUUCCUUGCUUUCGGCUUCGACGAAGAGACUAGCGGACUUCACGGUGCCAACGAGAUUGGAAAGUACCUCCUUUCUACCUACGGAGAGAAUCACUUUGGAAUGAUCGUUGAUGAGGGAGGAGGAUUCGCGAGAGACCAGGGAACCGUCUUCGCUACUCCAGGUAUCGCCGAGAAGGGAUACCUCGACACGAGGAUCCACGUCGCCAGUCCCGGUGGGCACUCCAGUGUCCCACCUCCCCACACUUCCAUCGGCAUGCUCGCCCAAAUGCUCGUAGACAUUGAAGCCAACCCCCCGGAACCCCACAUCGAACGUGACACCCCCAUGUACUCCUACAUCCAAUGUCUAGCGGAACACGGUACAUCCGUCCCUCGCGCUCUGCGCAAGGCCAUCAAAACAUCCGUCUACAGCGACAAAGCGCUGAAGAAGGUCGAGGAUGAGUUGCUGACCACGAAACAAUUCAGGGCGUUGGUGGGGACUACGCAGGCUGAGGAUCUGAUCAGUGGAGGUGUGAAGACGAAUGCGUUACCGGAGCAGGCUUGGGCUGUUGUCAACCAUCGCAUCGCGACUCAGUCCUCCCUCGCUGAGGCAAUGAAAUCCGACACCGACCGCAUCAUCCCUCUGGCCGCCCGCUUCAACCUCUCACUCACCGCUUUCGGAGAGGUCAUUACCCCUGCCGACACCCCUGCCUACGGCACCGUCACCCUCUCCGACGCAUGGGGCAACCAGCUCGCGCCGGCGCCAGUGACGCCCACGGGAGCUGACGCUGUACCGUACAAGGUAUUGAGUGGGACGAUCAAGGCUACGUUCAAUUCGCAUCGGGCGGCCGGGUUUGGGUUGACGGACGGGCAGGAGAUCGAGAAUGAGACUAUUGUGGUCAGCCCGGGGAUCAUGACUGGUAACACUGAUACGCGUUAUUACUGGAAGUUGACGCCUCAUAUCUUCCGGUACAACCAUCGCAAUUCUGCCGAUGAGGGCAAGACUUUCGGUGGCGCUCAUACCACUAACGAAUCUAUUCACGUCGACGCCUUCCUCGAGAUCAUCCGAUACUUCACUGGUUUGAUCCUCAACGUCGACGAGGCGGAGGGUAUCUAG